AUGCCCCCUAGCAUUUCCGUCAAGCGACGUCCAAUACAUCUGAGCCACCAUCCCCAAGGUCUGAAGCUAGCCCAGAAACCAUGGUGCUCCCAAGACGCACCCCACGGAACUCAAGUGGUCAGUUUGCUCCCGCCGAGGACGCAAUUGCGGACUAUAAAGGAAAUGUACAGGCAAGGUGCCCUGGAUGCGAUUGGCGCUGCAGAGAAUGCCCUCUCACAUCCAUAUGAUAUAUUCAACCUCAACAUACUCGUAGCUGAGGAAGAUCUAGACUCGGCAGCCAACUUGAUCGAUUCUGUUAUUCGGGCUGCAAACUCUGGUGGCAGCGGAAGUGUCAGAGGCACACCCAGAUUUGACGACACCCCGAUUCCAAUCGACCUGACCGUGUUUCUGACUGCCCGCAAGCGAAGGGCUACUCAGUUAGUCGAUCUGGAAUCAGAUGAAGAUCUGGCACAAUUCGAAGAACCCGCCGAUCGAACCCGAGACGGCAUUCCGACCACCCCACGACCUUUGCCUGCGAUGGGUGGGACUAAAGGACUGACUACAGGUCUAGACAUGAUCAUAGGCGAGCAAUCCCCGGAACUGGCGCCUAGCUCAAUCGACUCCGUUCUUCGAGCUGCACACGCUGGCCGCAGCGGAAGCGCCUCUAGCACUUCCAAGAAGUUCAACGAUAAACCUAUUCCGAUCGACCUCGAUUCUUCGAAACAGAGUGUCGGAGUCUCUGCCCGUUUCGGAAGCUGCCCGCAUGGCAGGCAUUAG